AUGCAGCUUACUUGGAAGUCAAUCGCUACUGUGCCUACCUCACAGGAGUUCCUGGACAUCGUCUUGUCUAGGACUCAGAGGAGGUUGCCUACUCAAAUUCGCGCGGGCUUUGCCAUCAGUCGUAUCAGAGCCUUCUACCUUCGUAAGGUUAAGUUCACCGAGCAAACUUUUUCUGAGAAGCUUGGUGCCAUCCUGGAGUCCUUCCCUAGGCUCCAGGAUAUUCACCCGUUCCACAGCGCUCUCAUGAAUACACUUUAUGAUGCAGACCACUUCCGCAUCGCUCUUGGUCAGCUUUCGACCGCCAAACACUUGAUUGAGCAGGUCGCUCGUGAUUAUGUCCGUUUAAUCAAGUAUGCUCAGUCGCUAUUUCAGUGCAAGCAGCUAAAGCGUGCCGCACUCGGCCGUAUGGCCACCAUUACCCGUCGUCUCAAGGGAUCCCUUGAAUACCUCGAGCAGGUCCGACAGCAUCUUGGUCGUCUUCCGUCCAUUGAUCCCAACACCCGAACUUUACUCAUUUGUGGAUAUCCCAAUGUUGGAAAAUCUUCAUUUUUGAAGUCGGUCACUAGGGCCGAUGUUGAUGUCCAGCCCUAUGCAUUCACCACUAAAUCUCUUUACGUUGGUCACUUUGAUUACAAGUACCUUCGUUUCCAGGCAAUUGACACCCCCGGUAUUCUCGACCACCCACUUGAGGAGAUGAACACCAUUGAGAUGCAGUCCAUCACUGCCAUCGCGCAUCUGCGGUCCGCUGUCCUCUACUUUGUAGAUCUGUCCGAGCAGUGUGGAUACACUAUUGAAGCUCAAGUACAGCUCUUCCACUCAAUUAAGCCUCUUUUCGCCAACAAGAUCGUUUUCCUUGUCGUCAAUAAGAUCGAUGUUACUCGCCCUGAAGAUCUCGAACCCAGCCGACAGGCUCUCCUUGAGACAAUAACCAAAUCUGGAGAGGUUGAAAUGCUCAAGCUCUCUUGUCACACCGAAGAGGGCGUCAUGGAAGUCCGUAACCAGGCUUGCGAACGACUUCUUGCCGUGCGUGUUGAGCAGAAGCUCAAGAACGCUGCUAGUGGCGCUGCAGGAAAGGAGGUUACUGAUAUCCUCAACCGUAUCCACGUUUCACGCCCUAUUGGAGGUGUAUUGAGGGAGGCGUUCAUUCCCGAUGCAGUUCUGUCCAAGAAGAAGUACGAUAAAGAUGAUCCAAACCGACCUAAGCUCGAGCGCGAUAUCGAAGCCGAGGAAGGUGGUGCUGGUGUCUAUAAUGUCAACCUCAAAAAGAACUACAUCCUCGAGAAUCCUGACUGGAAGUUUGACAAAAUCCCUGAAAUCUACGAUGGGCGUAACGUUUACGACUUUAUCGAUCCUGAUAUUGAGACAAAGCUUGCCGAGCUUGAGGCCGAAGAGGAACGUCUACAAGAAUCUGGGUUCUAUGACGAGGAUGAGGAUAUCGAAGAUGAGGAGGAUGCUGAGAUUCGUACCAAGGCCGACUACAUCCGUGAACAGCGUACACUUAUUCGUAACGCCGCUCGCUCCAAGAAGUCGCUCAAGAAUCGCGCCAUUAUUCCUCGUACCAAGGGACAAGGAAAGAAGCUUUCCGAGAUGGAGGAACACAUCGGUGGAAAGCUUGGUUUCGACACAAGUGGAAUUGCUGCUCGCGCUCGAUCAAAAUCACGUGGUCGCCGUGGUGACGAAAUGGAGGUUGACGAUGGCCCACAAGCAACCAAGGCCAGAAAUAUCGAGAGGGCAAAGUCCAGGGCUAGAAGCACAAAUAGGAGAGAGGAUGGUGUUACAAAUGAGGGUGCUAGGAGUACGGCCGAGAAGUUAAUGAAGCUGAACCAGAAGAGAAUGAACAGAAUGGCAAGACAGGGUGAGUCUGAUAGACAUACUACUGCGAGUAUGCCUAAAUGGUUGGUUGCUGGAAAGAGAGGGAUGGGAAAGACGGAUCGGAGAUAA